AUGAAGUUGAACCUCUACGCAGUCGCCGCGGCUGCCAUGGCCAGCACCGCGCUGGCCCUGCCGGUGGAGAAUGGCGCCGAGACCCACGCCGGCGACCUGACAGUCAAUGAGCUCAUGCACAUGGACAUGCACAAGCGCGACGACAAGGACGGCGGCGACGACGGGUCUCAGAGCGGCGGCGACUUCAGCAACGACAAGGGCGCGGCCGACCGCGGCGCUUCCUUCUUUGGCAAUGGCCACUCCGGGCGCGAGUCGCAGGGCGUAACGACCGACGCCGACGGCAACAUCAAGAAUGACAAGCGAGAGGUCGACCAAACCGAGCCGGACGAGGACAUGCCCAAGGCGAACGAGGACAUGAAGAAGAGCGGCGGCGGCGACGCCCUCGGCGACGUGCUCGGAUCCCUCGGCAACCUCCUCGGCGGCGGCGGCAAGAAGAAGGGCAAGGCCGACAUGGAGAAGCCGUCCAAGGACAAGUCGGGCGCGAUAUCCAUGAGCACCGGAUCGCCCAUGAGGUGGAAGAAGCCGUCCAAGGCCAAGCCGGGCGCGAUACCCAUGAGCUCCGGAUCGCCCAGGAUUAAGGAGCCCGAGCCCGAGUUGACGGACUUGAAGAACAAUUACCACCACGGGAACAAGACGGGCCCUCGCAAGGCCCCCGCGAGCUAG